AAAUUUUCAUGUAAGCUUAAUUUUUUUCGCGAAUUUAACGCUAUGUUCGUUUCAAAUGAAUCGUUUAAUGAAAAUAAAUCACGGCUAAACAUUUGCACGUAUGAAUAUAUGUGUAUCUAUGUGUUCGUAACAAGUGUCAAGGGUCUUUGAUCGAGACAAGCGUGGUAUGUAUUGCGUGCAGUAUAAGUAUCGAAGAAUCGUCGAAGGUUGAAGGGGCCAAAGAAUGGUCAGAAAAGACAGUAGAGUGGGGAGCAUGGUUGAUGAUGGUGGGGAUCGCGGGGUAAGAAGUGGGGUAGAGCGGGACUAUGAGUCGGUAGUGGCGGCAGUUGCGUCUCGAACAGCGCGCGUGUUGUUUCGUUCCGUCCUAUACGUGUUAUCCUCUCGUGAUAGCUAUCGAAGCUUUUACGUGCCGACAAAAUUUGUUUCUUUUUUUUCAUUUUGUGUCGCGACUCGCGCCCACGCGGUAUCACAAGGGAAACCGUAGUUACGUGGGACGUCCUAUAAAGCAGGACAGUGAAUUCGGUGGUGUUUUUCAGUGUUACUUUUCUGUGUUUAACGUUAGUUUAUGUUAAAAGACGUAGAUAUUAGUUCUUCUCGCGUAGGUUUUACUACGAAGAUUCUUUGCUAAACACCCAUUGGGAUUUUUUUGUGACUUACUUCUUCACAUCGAGGGUUGUUGACACUGGGCGAAUACGCUUCGCACCGAUCCAGACUAUAUUUCUGGAAUGACGAUCGGUGCGGCGAUGACGAGGAUUGAAAGCUACCGCUGAUUCAUAGGAUACCCUGCAGGGCCACUCGCUACCAAAAUGAGCACAUCGCUGCGAAUUUUGGCGCUAAUCAGCUUAGCUGCGCAGAACGUGGCUUGGCCGCAAGAUCCGGUUCCUAGGCUGCAUGUCAAACAUCGCGAGGUGAUUGGCCAGCGGUUCCUGGGAAACGAGAGCCACGUGGAGCACUUCAAGCUCCUGGAGCGCGCGACCACUUCCAUCCUGAUUGGCGCCAGGAACGCCAUUUACAACAUAAGUCUGCACGACCUGACGGAGAUCGUCGACCAGAGGUUGCAGUGGUCCAGCAGCGGGGCGCAUCGCGAACUUUGUUAUCUGAAAGGACGUAGUGAGGACGAGUGUCAAAAUUAUGUACGAGUAUUCGGCAGACAAGGACCUGAUCAAUUUCUUGUUUGUGGAACGAAUGCAUACAAACCAGCAUGCAGACAAUUCACUAUUAAGGAUGGCGCGUACGCGAAGGAAAGCGAUAUGGAUGGGCUGGGACUCUGCCCUUACGAUCCAAGGCACAACAGCACUGCGGUAUUCGUCGGCUAAUAAUAAUGGAGGAGAAGCAAAGAAGCCGGCACGUAGUAGAAAGCUUCGUUCGGUCGGUGGAUAUUACGUGGACCGACGACGGUACAGUUAUUCGCGGGCUUCGGCGGCGUUGGUGGGCUCAGCGUAGAUUUGUAGCCUGCAACGAGCACGUUCAUCCCCUAAGUCUAACGUCUACUUUGACCUGUUAUAUAUGGCCAGUCUCCUGCUAUAUACACUUAUCGCGCGCAUACGUUGGCCACCCUCAAAUCCCAUCGUGCUUUUUGAACGUGAAAUAUGGAAGGCUCGCGUCGAGGGUGCGCCUCCUCGAGGAUCUCUCUUUGCGAGGA